AGCAAUGUCUUUAUUCAAAACACGUGAAUUUUGGUCGGUUACCGAUGAUACCGAAGAAGAAUUUGAUCAAAGCUCUUUGAAGAUCAGCAGGUUGAAUGGUGACAGUGACUUCGUGCUCAUCGGGAGCCAUUCCGGCCUUUUGAAGAUCUACAAACCAUCCACGGAUUUAAACGAAAAUAACGUGUUGAGCCCUUACAAAGCUAAUGAUCUUAUUAUAGAGAAAAACUUAAAUUUCCCAAUUCUUCAAAUAGGAGUUGGAAAAUUGGUUUCUGGAUCGAAUCAAGUUCAGAUUGCAAUUCUGCACGUGAGGAGUUUCGCUGUUUACAGUUUAACCACCAAGGAUGGAGCUGUUGAACACGGUAACCAAAACAUGAUCAAUUUACUUUACGAGCAUAAGUUACGAAGAGCUGCAGCUAAUUUCAUAAUCGGCGGUUUUGGGGGCUCCGAAAACCGCGAUUUCAUCGCAGUCCAAUCUCUAGAUGGAAUGCUUUCACUUUUCGAACAAGAAACCUUCGUCUUCUGUUGUUUUCUUCCCAAUUUCUUGCUGCCUGGACCCUUCGUCUACUCGAAACGCACGGACAGUUUCUUGAUGGCUGGAACCAAUUGGAAAAUUGAAAGUUUUAGUUAUAAGACAUUAUCAGCAAUUGGUCAGAAUAGCCAAGAAUCCGAUAUAUCCGGUUUAAAGUUCCAACCGGAUUGGAGUUUUGGAUUAAACGAAGACGUGGUGGAUAUCCAAUACCAAUUCGGUGAAUUAUCUAAAGAAGGUUUCGUUGUUAUUCUUGGAGAAAGAAACGUUGUGUGUCUAAGCGAUAGUGGAAAACUGAAGUUCAUGAAGCGUUUAGAAUAUUCGCCUAUGUGCUUCACUACAUAUUUAUUAUCUGACAACAAAUUGAUGACUUUGGUUGUUUCCGAAACCAAUUCUCUUCUACUUUACCAGAACACAAUGCUUAGAUGGUCGGCGCAGUUACCAAACUCUCCAAUAUCUAUCGGUAGAGCGAAUUUCAAGAAUUUACGUGGAUCUAUAGUAACUUUGACGGAAUCCGGUGAACUGAGCUGCGCCUAUUUAGGAACACAACCGAGUCUAUUUUCCGCACCUCCUUUGAUCAACCAAGAACUGGAUUAUGAGCAAGCUGAAAUGGAGAUGGCCACUCUCAGCAAAGUGAUCCGAACGAGGUUCAGCAACGAUCUGAAAUUGAGUAACAAAAAUGAGCACGAAUUAGGGCUAGAGUUGAACGUGAAUCCUCAUCUGGAAGAGAGCGUUUUCAAAUCCGCCCAUCGUGAGAACGAUUAUGCUAUGAUGUGCACGGUAACCGUGGUUUUAUCGCCGAGGGCGAUCUUCGAAGAAAUCAAUCUGUGCGUUCACGUUCACAAACCGUUGAAAGUCCAUCCUCAAUCGGCUUUUUUCGCAAACUUGAGCGAAGGCACGUCUUUCCAAUGUCAAGUGCAUAUGGACGAAGAAGCAGAAAUCGCUUCCAUUCAAGUUACAACCAUAGCCACUUGCAUUUCCAGCAUAGGCGUCCCUAAGAUCUUUAAGAAGACGUCUGUUCUACCAUUGAAUUUAGUACUGAAAACGAAUCCUCCGAUGAAAGAGAACAACCUGAAAAUAACUUUAAACAUCAACGAAAAUUCAAUUCCACUCUCCACUCUAUUUCCAGAAAACGCUUUGACUCUGAGCAGUAACGCGGUGUGCUUUGCGAAUGUAUCCAACGAAGGUUCACCUGUUACAAUACUUUUGGCAAAGUCCUCGCAACGUUACAGAUUGCAGUCCGAUUCUUUGGCAUCGUUGAACUUGUGCACACAAGAGUUGAUAAGACGUUUGCAAAAAUACUUUGCCAACAAUAAGACCUUCAAAAUUACAUUCAACUCCUCUCUGCCGCUCACUCAACUAGUCCAAUACAUUAACGAGCAUUUCGAGUACAGAAGGAAAGUGAAUUUCUUGCAAAAUGAACUAAUUCAACUGGGAGCCCAAUUCAGAUUGAUUCAAAAGCGUUUAAUUUCGAAAUUCAAAGACAAGAAUCCAACGCCUCUAACGAAUUUGGAUAUGCUGCUGAAUGAUACCUAUAACGAAACUUUGCGAACCACUGUAGAUUUAGAGAAGACAACCAUGGAUUUAUCGAGGAGCCAAACGAAUCUCUCGAGCGCUUUGUAUCUUAUAUUAACUUUAGUGCAAAUAAUGGAAGACGUCGAUGAUAGAGGUUUACUGGAAAACGCUUUAGCCCCGAUUGUCGAGGAUUACGAAGGACAAAAUUGGGAAGACGUUCUUGACGCGUCUCUGAAUCACUUGUUGAGAACGACGCUCGCAAAGUCUGAGAAGGAUCAAUUGAGGGCCAAGUACACUUGCUACGAGGAGGUCAAGGAUUUGGCUAAACUUGAGAAACACUUGAUGAUGGUUCUAGAAAGGGUUUGCAAGAAGGGAACCAUCCUCGAAGUUACACAAGAUGAGGAGAACGUUGAUCACGAUGAAGCUAAGGAAGAUGAAGAUGUUAUCCCUGUUGGUAGCAGACUCGGAGAAUCUAGCACUAGGUUAUUAUCAGCUAGGAAAAGUUUACUUAGGAGACGACAGAAGAUCAAUGAAGAUAAUUAGAAAAUUAUUGAUUUUCGUAAG